CUUGUUUGGUCUUGUUCGUUUAUGGUCAUUGUGCGCCGAGCAGUCAAUUCAGUCAAUCUAUCUGUAAUUAAUUAUUUGUAGAUUACGUAAAAUUGUUCAAUUACUAUUCACAUUGAAAACUUGCAGUGAAACUUUAGUGGUACAAGAAAUACUUGAUAUAACAGUAUAUGUAUACAGGUAUAUAGAAAUUUUAAGCGUGUGUUUGUAUUUGGUCGAUAAAACGAACGGCAGCAUUUUUCAUGGCGUCGUGUUAAUAAAUGCCUAGAUUUUUUCUUAAUCAAUUUGAUUUCAUCGUUCUUAAACGAAAGUUUUACCUUUGACAAACGUCGAUUUAGUUACGUUCUUUUAUAGACAUUAAGGAAGCGUUUUCAAAUAGUUUUCUUCAAAAGGAAUUAAUAAUAUUCAAGUUUUGUAAGCUACAUCGUAUGCGUGCAAUGGGUAAAACGCCAAAGAAGGCUACCCCUGGAGGCGAUGAGAGCGAUGUGCAGGUUCGAAGGUUAAAAGCGACAAAUGUAUCUUCCAAUUCAAGCGAGGAGAAAGAGUGUGGGUCCGAGAUACCGACCAGGACGAAAGUGAGUGGAGUCGAUAAAGGAACAAGUGUCUUAAAAAAGGAAUUCAAAAGUAAAUUGCCAGCACCAAAAGUUAAUACUCGUUCCUUACAAAUUACAAAAAAAAUAAAAAAUUUAACGGCAUCUGACAAAGAUAUAAGAAUUGAAACAUCAAAAAUGCAGUCCGAAGCAGAAGAAGCAAAAUCUCCAAAAGAAGAUGUUUCUUCCAGAUCCAAGUCAAACGAUACUGAAAAUGUUCUUGAGGUAUCAGAAACCUCACCAAAACAAAAAAAUUUAGAUCCACCAAGCAAUCAAGAUGACGCAUCGAUUCUGAAAUUGUCUGAAAACGGAUAUAAAAAUGAAAACAAAAAUGGACAUGAUGAAAACGUUGAUUUGCAAGUGUCUUCAGAUUUAAAAAGUUCUCAAAAUGGAAAACAUGAAGAUGAAAAUAUAAAGCUGACAGUCUGCGAAGAAUUGGAAGAGGUAAACAAACUCGAUGACAAGAAUGAGAAAAAAGACCAACAUAAGGAAUCUCACACGGAUACAGAAACCAAUAUUGUCGAAUCUACAACAACAGAAAUACCCGAAGCAUCUGAGCAACAAUUUGAUAUUAAAGAGAAGGAUAAAUUGAAUGAAGAUGUGACUGCAGAAACUCCAUGUGUUUCUUAUGACAGCUCUAUAACGUUAAAGAAUGUUCAAAUAAAACUUAAUGAUUGUUUAAAAGAUAAUUCAAAAUCCUCAGAAGAGAAUCGCGAACAAAGUGUUGAAUCUAUAUAUAAAGAUGUUUCUUUUGGAAAGACUCUGAGAACCAUUUCGGGAAGGCGUUCAUUAAGUCGUUUGCGUCAUGUGACUCUACGAGAACAUAACCGACUAUCUCCUAAUAACUCUCUUUUCGUUAAUACUUCCGCAAUGUCCCAAGAUGAUGAUUUUAAAGUUCUUCGGCAUCGUACUGGCCUUUCUGAUAGUAUUUCAAGCAAUGGAACUUUAUCAGAAAGAAAGAGAAAAUUGUGUGCUGAAGAAUCGAACUCGUCCAAAAAAUUAAAAACUGAAUCUGAAAGUAGUUUCUUUAAUUCAUCUCUGGAAUUACUCAAGAGUUUUCGCAGGCCAAUCCAAGUUUCUACACCAAAUAUUGAAGGCUACAAGUUCCAAACAGACAAGCUGAAUCUUGGAAAGGACAAAACUAAUGUAAAAAUGGAUUUGAAUGAUACACAACAUGGCAAUAAAUGGUGUACUAUUAUGUAAACGAAAAUAAGAAUAUUGAUUAUCAAUUACCAAAUUCGGACGAAACAUUUACGACUUUUACAAAAAGGUAAUAAUUCUACAUUUGUAUUUCAAAAAAUUAUUAAUUAAAAAUGAGAAAUAAUAUUGAUAACGCCACUUAUCUUAAUUAUAUAAGUAUAUCGAAAAUUUAUCGAUACUCGAGAUUAAAAUUUAUUUUAAGAGUCUUGUUAAAACAAUUUGGUCAGGAGCCAUUUAUUUAAAAGUAUUAUAUUAAAAAUAUUUAGAAAUAUUUUAUCGAAUUCAGCAAUUACUUUCUUUUGUUAUCAAUUAUAAAUAGUUUUCAUUUGAGAUGGAACUAAAUUUAGUAAAUUUUUUCUUAAAAACAAAAAAAUUUAUAAUAUUUUGUUAACAUAUUGGAAAAGCAAAAAUUAAACAUUCUCAUUUUACAGCGAUGAAAACUUUGAUAAAUUCAUGUUUCAACUUACAUUUAUCAUAUAUACAUAAAUAUAUCAAAUACAUUAUUUAUUAAUUUUAAUAACAUGACAAAAUUAUAAAAUCUUUAUUCUUCCUCCUGAAAUCUAUUUUAAUUUAAAAAUAUGAUUCUGUACAUCUUUAUGGUUUUUUGGCGUUAAUUUAGGAAAUGAAAAUUACUUUUUCUACAAUAGUUAAUAUUUUUGUAAUAGAAUUGUUAACUGAAAAUUUUUUCAUAAAAUUGGUGCAGGAAGGAUGUUUUAAAAUUCUCUAUAUUUUUACACAUUGAUAAAUUUUACCGUAUCAAUUAUGUAUGCAAUAUUGUAUGGAAUAUAAUAAUGUACGCCUUUAAAACGUAAUAGCGUAUUUAUAAAUAUAAAAAAAUAUCUGUAUGUAUUUACAAAUUUUAUAUGAUCGUUAUAUCAUGAUCAUGAUCA